GUGAGGACGUUCUUUCCGAUUAGUCAUCUGGUUUAUUUUGUCAAUUUUAAGUCGGUUGGAAAGUUUCGGUCUGUUGUGUUGUUUAGUAUACUAUUGACGAUCAAAGUGUAUCGUUUGAUUUUAGUUCGAAGAUUUUUGUCUAUUGGGAUGUGCUAAGUGAAGUGAGUUUAUUGGGAGGGAAAAUCGUAAUUCAAAAUGUUUGUCAGUGGCUCAGUUGGCAAUAGUGCGCAGUUUGAUAUUCCCAAAACUAUUGACUUAAACGUUCCAAUCAUGAACUUUAGCAAUAUGUCACUAUUGACCCCGACAACUCCGGGGACAAUGAAAGAUCCGAUGUAUAUUGGUGAAACCUGUCCGGAGGCGAAAAUGAUCUUCCAUGAAAAACCAAAAUGCUCCUUUUCACCGGCUUCAGCGAGCAAUUGUUCGUAUGAGGAAAAUAAUUCUGGAUUUCGUCAGAAGUAUUGCGGUGUGAUAGAGGGUGCUGAUGAAACUCAACCGAGCUACGCUCCCAAUGCACCAUACACAAUGCAGACCAGGAAUGAUGAGCUGUACUUCAAAUUCGAUCCGGAAUACAUCGAAAAACUUCAAUCGUCAUGCAACAGUGUUAUUGGUCACGAUUAUUACAACUUCAACGAUGUCAACUGCCAAUCAAAAAACCAAAGCCCUUGUUCAUCGCCACCUUUGGACCCCUGGAUUACAUCUUCAUUGAUGAUGAAUCAACCCCAGGAGCCAACCCAAAACCCAUCGAACUCACCAAAGUACAACAACACGAUGGACAACCAAUCCGAUCUUCAACAACUGCCAUCGAUCAAGUGCGCUUUUGGUAGCUCAAUUCAGUUUGACGACACGCCGAAAAUCUACCCAGCCCAGAAUUCACAGGCAAACUACAUGAUCGACUACUUCGACACGAGUUUUUUGGAUCAGUUCAGCCAAAACGUGGACAUCGGAAGCAACAACGCCAGCAGUAACGAUGCCUAUCAGCACCCGGAGGAAAAUUACAACACCUGCGACAAAAUAACCGAAAAACCAAACCGCGAAUUCAAAGAUAUUUGGCAGCAGCGUCAGCAGUCGCAACUCAUCAAACAGGAACCGAUCGCUGCUGCCGACGAAGAUGAAGAGGACGAAGAGGAACCGGAUGAGGCGGAAGGAACGGCCACCGAUCCCGAGCAGCCGCUCGAGUGCCUCUGGACAGAUUGCAAUCUGAAGUUCCCCGAUCAAACGUCUCUGGUAGCGCACAUCGAAAAGCGCCACGUCGAGGUCAAGAAGGGCGAAGAGUUCGCUUGCUUCUGGCUUGAUUGUCCCCGUCGCUAUCGGCCGUUUAAUGCCCGCUACAAGUUGCUCAUUCACAUGAGAGUGCACUCCGGUGAAAAGCCGAACAAAUGUCCGUUUUCCGGCUGCGACAAGGCAUUCUCUCGGUUGGAAAAUCUCAAAAUCCACCAACGAUCGCACACGGGCGAACGGCCGUACAACUGCCAGUACGUUGGCUGCUCCAAAGCCUUCAGUAACAGCUCGGACCGGGCCAAGCAUCAACGAACCCAUUACGAUACGAAACCAUACGCCUGCCAGCUUCCAGGCUGUACCAAACGUUACACCGAUCCUUCCAGUUUGCGGAAACAUGUAAAAAAUCAUGCAUGUCGCGUUGAAGGAGCAAGUCAAGGACGCCGAAAGUCUCAUAAAGAAUCUGCAACACCUCAUUCGGUCGGAAAUACCAGCACCGUUACUUCCUCCGGGCAAUCGUUGAUUUUGCCAAGCGUCAGCUCCAUUCGGCGACAUUCGGAAUCAUCGCUGGCAAACUAUUACGAAUCGAUAGCGCAGGAAGCAACUGGAAACACCGAGGACGAGAACUUAUUUGAGUUCGACGAAGUUUUCGAAGAUCCUCCUAGUAACCCAUCGCUCGGUGGUAGCUCGGGUUUCAAUGACGAAAAAGUCAUCAAUUUUAGCCACUCACCUGCUGAUGAUUUCAUGGAUAAUUCUCCCGUCAAAAGUGCAUGUUCGGAAGAAUACAUUUCCUACGAAUGUGUCAAAAACUUCCUCCCAGAGGGCAACUAUCUCAACAACUACGGGAUGAGUUCCGGUAUGAUGGAUACCGAUGCUCAUUACUCUGCCAAAGAUAUCCAGCCUCUGGAUUAUGACUUUUUCGAUCAUGUGGUGUAGACUCACCGACUCAAACCCGUUAAUAGAAUAGUGCAUUUAUGAUUUGAGUUUUAAGCUAGCUUAAGCCAUGUGACUUGUAAGAUACUCAAAAGGUAUACCAAAGAUAUCCCCGUACUUAGAACAAAGAAUAAGCUUUAAUAAUGAAUUUGUUUUUCUUCCAAAACUGAAAGUUUUCAAAACAUUACUUUACAUGUAGGCUAGCAAUUAGUUAAACCCAAACCAAUCCAAAGGACAUUGCCACGAGAUAAAACUAAAUAUGUUCCCAAAGAUAACUCAUUAGGUAAAUUGUUAAGAAUCUUAUCGAUUAGGAUAUUCAUGUAUACCAAACCCGAUUUGUUGAACAAUCGUUGUAGAAAUCAUUAGUCGAAACCACACGAAACAACAACUAGGCGCUAAAAAGACAUUUCUAAAAUUGACCAACGAACCGUUGUAGAUCGUUUGGUGUAGAGUUCAGAAAAGCUAUUUGUGAUCUUGGUAACUACAUACCUAAUUUGUGGUACAUUAAGUUUGGAACUAACUGUCUUCCAUGUAAAUGCCAUAACAGAUGUUGAACGAUGUAAUUGAGCAAAAUUUUAUGUUAAGUAACUAGUUUAUUGUAUUCAAGUGAAACGUUUCAUGUGUAUAUAAUUUUGCGUUUGCUCUUUUUCAUCUUAUAGUUGUUGGAUCUCAACGAAAGUUUUACACGAAAU